UUUGGUCCAAGUCAAUAUUUGUUGUUGUUUGUAGUAUAACCCCCCCGUCCCCUUUCCCGAGUUUCGUUUCUCGCUCGCUUUAGGGUUUCAUACAGAUCUAAGAAGCAUCGAUCGAUCGAUCAGGAGUGAGAGAGAGAUGGCCGGAAACGGAAUGCACCAGUACCAUCAUCCCCAUCCGCAGUGGGCAGCCUCUCCACAGUCUCCGAUGUCACUGGGCGGUGGUGAGGAGGUGAGGACGAUCUUCAUUUCCGGUCUCCCGGAGGACGUGAAGGAGAGAGAGCUACAGAACUUGCUGAGAUGGCUCCCCGGCUACGAAGCUUCGCAGGUGAACUUCAAAGGCGAAGUCCCUAUGGGUUUCGCUCUUUUCUCCGCUCCACAUUUUGCUAUUGCCGCUAGAGACGCUCUUCAGGAUAUGGUUUUUGAUGCUGAAUCCAAGUCCGUCCUCCACACCGAAAUGGCCAAGAAAAAUCUCUUUGUCAAACGAGGAAUUGUAGCUGAUCCAAAUUCUUUUGAUCCAAGUAAACGAAUGCGAACAGGGGGAGACUAUACAAACACUGGUUUCUCAAGUCCAUCUCCUUUUCAUCCCCCACCUGCACCUGUUUGGGGUCCACAUGGAUAUAUGGCCCCACCACCGCCACCAUAUGACCCUUAUGGAGGCUAUCCUGUUUCCCAAGUACCAAUGGCUCCUCCUCCUGCGCUACCUGCCGCUCCUCUACCUGCACCUAGCAGUUAUAUGCCAGUCCAGAACACGAAAGAUAAUCCUCCUUGCAAUACUUUGUUUAUUGGAAAUCUUGGGGAAAAUAUAAACGAAGAAGAGCUAAGAGGGCUUUUCAGUAUGCAACCUGGUUUUAAGCAAAUGAAGGUCUUGCGGCAGGAACGGCACACUGUUUGCUUUAUUGAGUUUGAGGAUGUGAAUAGUGCAACAAACGUGCACCAUAGCUUGCAGGGUGCUGUUAUCCCUAGUUCUGGUUCUGUUGGCAUGCGGAUACAAUAUUCAAAGAACCCGUUUGGGAAAAGGAAGGACGGCGGCUACCCUGGGUCAAACGGGUCACCAGCAGCUAUUACUUACCAGUAGCUGGAAGGGGAUGUACUCUGUUCUCUAUGCUCUGAUAAAAGAAGAACAUACUAAUAGUGUUCAUAGCAUGCAUCCAUUAUAUCUUAAGUCAGAGGAAUGCAUUAGCAUCACUUGCAUGUAAUUGAGGAGAGUUGGUUCGUGUGAGCAUAUAACUUAGUCAUAGGCAUUAAGCAUCUUUUCAGAAUGCUAUGUUGACUUAUUCAUGGUGGAUAUGAUUAUGCUGCUGCUGCAUCAGUUUGUAGUCUUAUUUGCUUUUGUUAAUUAGAUCUUUCUUUUCCAUCCA